AUGUAUCCAUGUACAGAGCGAGGUUGCUCCCGCGUGUACAAGAGGCCAGAACAUUUGAGUCGGCAUCGUCUCAAUCAUCAACCGCGCAAAAUCCACACAUGCUCUGUCUGCCACAAGGAUUUCGUCCGGCUGGACCUCAUGCAAAGACACGCGCGACGGCAUGACCGUGGCAUGAUAUAUCGCAACUCAGGGGGCUACUCACAUCGUGAUGUGGUGGGUGACAUUGAUAAAAGGCUGUCACCAACUGACUCCGCCAGUGUCUCACCAGCGGUGGAGCUGCGUGGGCAAGAUGAUUCCGCCCCCAAUGAGUUGCAUCUUGAACACGUCAUGGAUUCCCCAGCUCCCGAGAGGUUAGACGUGGGCCCGGCUGGGGUUAAUGCAUCCGACCUGAAUGAUCCUCCUCUUGUCCAUCAGGUGCAGGUACAGCAACAUGUUGCUGUUCAACCAAUGGACAGACUGGGUGUGGAACAUCUUUCCUUCUUCGACGAAUCCAAUGAUGCUACCAGUUUGAUUCAAGAUCUAGAUUGGUUAUUUGACGCCAGCUCUUGGGAUGGAACCGGAGAAGUGGAGGGCAUCAACCUGCGUUCCCCCCCAGAUGCCCAAACAAUAUCCCCUGUUUCGGAUGCAUCUGUGGGUAGGGGCAUAACAUCCCAGCUUGAGAAUACAUACAGGCUGCCUCGUGAGAGGAUUCUGUCGUCUCUGUCAUAUCUUCCCCAAGAAGUCCUGGCCUCGUCCUUCUUCGAAAGCAAUAACCUGGAACAGUUCAUGCUGAGUUAUUGGGAAAACUACAACGCUCACUUCUUUCUACUUCAUCAACCUACCUUCUGUGUGCAGGAUGCCCCUCCUCUAUUGCUCGUAGCAAUCUUGACGCUUGGGGCGACGCUUUCGCCGGAUGUGGAGCAUUAUAAAGUAGCGGAAAUCAUCCAUCAGAAUUUACGGUGGCUAAUAUUUACGUCUCCGAGUUUUCAAGUGCCGGCACCUCUAUGGGUGAUUCAGGCGUUAUUGAUGGUUCAGGCAUAUGAGAAGAUGUUCUCAACGAGGAAGUUGCAUGAGAUGUCUCAUAUCUUCCAUUACUCCGUUAUCACGGUACGCCAUACGCCAUUUGCUUAUUCGGUCUUUUAUGAAUCACCAAAUGCUAACCUUAUGCGGCGAGGCAGCUAUUACUCGGAAGAGCAGGAGGAGACCGGUGAGACAUCCUCCUUGGAAAAGUCUUGGUAUCGAUGGGUAAAGAGGGAACUUUCCUAUCGAGCCGCAUUCUUUGCGUUCAUCAUGGAUGCGCAGCAUUCGUCCAUCUUUGGGCAUACUGCUGUACUGUCACUAAAUGACAUCCAACUACCCCUUCCUUGCGCCGAUGUGCUAUGGAACGCGUCGACGGCAUCUAUAUGGAACAAGGAAAGAUCCAGAGUUCAACCAAGCCCAUUAUUCCUACCAGCACUCCGAGCCUUGCUAUCGCGCCAUCCAAUUCCCCAUACCUAUAGCCCCUUUGCCCGGUUUGUCCUUCUUCAUGGCCUAUUUUGCUUGACGAGGCAUAUGUUUGCUCGGGAUCAGACAGCAUCCUGUAUAAGCGUUCCCGAGCAGAAUAGCAGCUCCGGUGCCAUAUCUUCCUCUUCUAACCCAGAACAAGACAAUUGGAAAGAGCGUCUAGACCGUGCGAUAGACACAUGGUCGUUCAGCCUGUUGAGCCAGACCCCAUCGUUGUGCCUUGAAGCUGCCCGUCCGCUGCAGAGAAUUGCCCACGUCAGCAUCCAUGUGUCACUUGUUGACUGCCACAUUCUCGCGGGAGCACCCAACCUUGCCACGGGCGUGCGGACUCAGCCUGACAGCCUACAAUGGAAACGGGCUUACGAACGAGUAUCCAAGUGGGCACAUCACCCUACUGCGAAGAGACCUCUCAGCCAUUGUCUACUCUUGAUUCAAGAAACCAUGUUCACCCGAGCUCGGUACGUGGCUGCAGAAGAUAGCAUUAUCCUCAAGCCAUGGGUUCUAUACAAUACGACACUUGUACUCUGGGCCUACGGUGCGGUUAUAUGCGGUGCCCGGCAAUCUCCCGGUCUCGCCCAGGGCGACGUUAUUGAUAAUGCUACACAUAAAUGGUCGGCCGAGGAGUAUCUCUCGCAUAUGCUCAACGGCCUGAUGGGAGAUGGCGACCUCUCUCAACUUCCAGGAACUAACAGGACGUCGGGGUUAGUCACAGCAGUCCGGCUAGCUUUGGAAGGCUGUAGAUGGGAGCUUCUGGAAGAGGCCAGGGAAACCUUACAGCGUAUAGCAACACAAACGCUUGUGCUUCCCCCCCUAACGGCAGACGACAUAGUAGAUAAUGACUUGGAUAACUGA